AUGAUUGAAGGUACAGAAAGUAUUCCACCACCGAUUCCUAUGACGGAAGAAGAGGUACAUCAACGUGUUUUGAAGGCAAUCAAAGAAUGGGAUCGUUUUCCACAAGACCGCGUUUCAAAACUUGAAUUGGAUGCUCGAUUUGUUGAAGAUCUUAGUUUUGAUUCUCUUGAUUUGGUUGAAAUUGUUAUGUCUUUGGAAGAUGAAUUUGGAUUUGAAAUCUCUAUUGAGGAUUCUGAAAAAUUCAAAACGCCAAGAGAUGCUGCAACUUACAUUAUUGAUCAUGAAGGAGUUAACGAGGAUGAGGAAUUUUAG